AUGGAAUUAAUCUCAGAUGAAGAAUCCAUUUCACAACAUCAUGCAGUUUUAGAAGAAGCUAAACCGGGGGACAUGAUUCAAUAUAAAAGAAAAUAUUAUUCUCAUUGGGCAAUUUAUAUUGGAAAUGGCAAAGUUAUUCAUCGCUGGGGUGAAGGCGAUGGCAUUGAGAAUACUCAAGGCUUAAAAACAUUUUUCACAUUUUCUGGUAAACAGUUUAAUAAAGCUACCAUCUUAGAAACAAAUUUUGUCGAUGUGUUGAUCGGUGUUGAACGUGCAAAAGCUGCUCUUACACAAGAAGGCUACAAUGUUAUAUACAAUAAUUGCGAACAUUUUGCUACAGACUGUCGAUAUGGACAAGCGAUUAGCCAACAAGUAAAAAAUGCUGUGGUAGCAACCUCAGCUUCAUCCAUCGUUGUAGCUGGUGUCAUGUUUGCACUUGGUGCAUUUUUACGUUACUAUCGAACGAGAGAAGAUGACGAAAAAGACGAAAAAGACGAAAAACAAAUUUCUCUUAAAGCUAUAAAACCAUAG